AUGGCCGCGAUGGAGCCCUCCUUGGAAGACCUCUGGGCACCUCGCCAGGUGGCUCGCAUGAAACCAAUCCGAGCAGAGGCGAAGGAGGCAGAAGUUCCUACCGACCCAGGCGGCGAGCCUGAAGUCAAGGAACUCUCCCUUUCAUCUGCCGCGACCUACAGCCUUCUGGCGAACCUCUUUCUGCUCAAUGUGUAUGGCUUCCCCGACCUUCAAAAGCUCUACCUCUCGUCCGCCAAGGCGGCGCCGCAGAAGAUCCUUUGCCUUUUGGCCUUCUUCCAGCACGGGGAGGCGGAGGGAACCGACCCGCCUCGCACGCUCCACUUCCAGCGCUGCCGCCUGGCCGAGCCGCCCUGCGCCCCGUGGCGCUGGCUGCCGGAGCCCCUUCCACGUCCCAAGACACCAGAGACGACCCCUGCAGGUACCGCCGAUGUAGCGGAUGCGGCGGACGCUUCCGGU